GAGUCCGGUUCUGGCUGCUGCUGCGGGACGAACCCGCUCCCGGAGAUUCUGACGCGGAGAACCAGGAAGUUCUCGCUCUGCGGUGCUGCGAAGCGGCGUCGGGCUCCGGUUCCGACCCAGAACGAUGAGUGUGCGGUCAGCAGGAGUCCUCAGUAAUGAUUAACCUGGACAGAAGGGACGGAAAGUGCCUCCUCUCCACAGCCUGAGCCAGUGUUCCUGUCCUCCGUGGGUUCUCCGGCUGUGGAACCCAGCAGCAGCAGGGGAACAUGGCUUUUCUCAUCAAAAAGAAGAAGUUCAAGUUUCAGGUGCAUUUCACGCUGGAGGAGCUGACCGCGGUUCCUUUCGUCAACGGGGUUCUGUUCUGUAAGGUCCGGCUGGUGGACGGUGGAGACUUCUCCAUCUCCUCAUCCAGGGAGGAGGUGCAGCAGAACUGCGUCCGAUGGGGGAAGAAGUUCUCCUUUGUGUGCAAAAUGAGCGCUAACCCCAUUACAGGAGUGCUGGACCCCUGCAUCUGCAGGGUCUCCGUACGCAAGGAACUGAAGGGAGGAAAGAGCUUCUCUAAGCUGGGUUUUGCUGAUCUCAACAUUUCUGAGUUCGCCGGUUCUGGCUCGGCGGUGCGCUGCUGCAUCCUGGAGGGUUACGACACCAAAAACACGCGCCAGGACAACUCUAUCCUCAAGGUCACCAUCGGGAUGACUCUUCUGUCCGGGGACCCCUGCUUUAAAACGCCUCCCAGUACGGCUAAAUCUGUGCUGAUUGGUGUGGAGGAUCCCAACCUGCAGCUGGACUGUAAGGGGGAGAGCACCAACACCACCAUGCCGGCACGAGGGAGCAUGGCAGAGGGAGCUCACUUCAAGUCCAGACCUUCGUCAGUACGUAGCGUAGGGCUGUCUGAUCACGGAGACGGCAUUCCCAGUCCAGAUGAGAUCUUCCUGACGCGGCAUAGCCGGAGCGCCAGCCAGCACAGCAAAAUAUCAGGCUACAGCACAGGUCACUCUCGCUGCUCCAGCCUGAACGACCUCAGCCACCAGAGGAACGCCUCCUCCAGCAGCAGCGCCUCCUGCGGGGUCGCUCACUCCUCUCAGCCGCCUCCCUCCACCCCCACCAAGCCAGAGAGACCCCCUCCCCCGUCGGCGGCGGCCCUCCUGUCGAGCAGGUCCUCCAGGAGGAAGAAGGACGCCGUGGAGACUCGGUGCAGCUGUGUGGACGACACUCGCAUCGACGCCGACGACAUCGUGGAGAAGAUCGUUCAGAGUCAGAACUUCUCUGACAGCAGCAGCGACGAAGACAGCCAAUUGAGACUGUUUGUCAGCAAAGACGGGACCACCGCCCUCAGCGGGACGCAGCUCGCCACCAGAGGAACGCCGGGGAUCUUUGAGCCGGUGGUGGUAGAGACUCACUGAGAGGUGACCAGCGUCUCUCCAGCCUCACCAACGGAUGUUUCUGAGGCUUCAGCUUCAUCUGUGAUGGAGCUUCUUCUCGGUGGUGGGGGCUAGUGGUGGAACGCCUUAAAACAAACGGCAGAAAUCUAAUUUAAGUGAGUCCUGGUGUCCCCCUCUGCUCCAGAUGAUUGCAUCAACUUCCCGGGAAAUCUGUGUGAUUAUUUCUGAAAAACUCAAUCUGUGCUGCAGGGCCUGGCAGGAUCCAGGCCUAAACUACUAAAUUCAUUCAUACAGAGGAUCAAUUCAUGCUCUGAAUAUAUGCAAUAUAAAAAGAAGUGAGUUUUAUGGCGUGGCAGACAGCUGAGGCGAUGCUUCAGAGCUGAGAGCUGUUUCCCUACCAUGAUCAUUCUUAGCUUUCUCCAAACUCUGCAGCAGACUGAAGGUUCGUGCAGCACGGUUACACCGCUCCGCCUCUUUUUAUGCUCAGAAAUUUAGAAAACAAACAUUAAGAGACAAAGCUUUGAAAUGUAUCCCAAACUAAUCAUGAAAAGCUGCAAUGAUCCCACAGUGAAUUAGAACCAAGCGUUCAGACUGCUGCAGGAUUUCUGUCUGAGGAGCAAAUUUAUCUGAAGCCUUUUAACGAGGUCAAACGUUCUGCUUCCUGCAGUUAAACCUGAUUCAUUUAGUAGAUUUCUAUGAUUUCUGUGACUGAGAAAGCAACGUGUUCUGGUCAGACAAAUGCUGACAGCUUAAUUGUCUUUGUUUUUUUUCAGUAAUCCAGAAAUUAGGUUUAAAGCAGCGGGUUUGUUAUACAGCGGUUUCCACUUUUUAACCAAACGAUCCUGAAUCCAGACGUAGAAGCAUGAAAACAAAGUGUUCAUUAACGUUUAUAUAUUGAGAGCAACUCAUUAAUUCAUGCUCCAACCAGAGACUUCUCACAUUUACAGGAGGUUAAAAACACAGAUUUCUCAUAAAUAUCCAGGAUGUAAUGAUGCAAUCACAGAUUGUUUGGUUUUCUAACACAGAGAAGAUGAUUUUAUAGUUUUCAGCUGAUUACUUCAACACUGCAAACUAUCUGCCAGAAUCAAAGCUCUAAUAUUAUUACUAUAGUUUAAAGGUAUUUGAUCACUGUGUAUGUAUUUUACUGUUUUGCACAUUUAACCUCUGAGGAGGCCUGUUAACCACUAAAAACACAGAGAUUGAACAACGGUCCUAAAACGGCUCAGCUUCUCUUUUUCACACUCUAUUCUCUGAAAUGUGUCAGUAUGUAGAGCAAAAUAAUUCAUCCGCAGUCAUUACGGUAACCUGGUUUAUAUUCAGGUUAACUCAAUUAUAACUCUAAAAAUAGUUUUAGAUCGUCUCUUUAAUCAGAAUUUAACAUUCUGUUUUUUAUUUUUUUUAUUGGACAUGUCCCCACAGACAGUGUAAGCCCAGAAUGAGUGUUAUUACAUUUUAAACAUUUUAAAUGCAUUAAAGUGAAACAAGCUGAACAGAAAAGGCACAAAAAUCACCAGGAUGUGGAAUUAGCAGAGAAGGAAGUCACAUUUUCAUGCAUUUAGAUCCAGAUCCAUCACAACAUGCAGGAAAAUUAAACUAAUGAAACUUCUGCUAAUGGUCCGACUUCUUGACAAACACACUGUGCACAGGGACAACAUGCAGAAAGACCUCGGGUCAAAGCCAGGACCUUCUUGCUGCAUGGCAACAGUGCCACCAACUGUGCCACUGUGCAACCCUGUGAGAUGCAUGAAAAAUGUAAUAUUCACAUUUCUUUUACUUUUGUUUGGCCUUUUAUAGCAUCUACAGGACCAGAAAUUGAGCAGAAUUGCUUUAUUUGUCCACCAGGGAUGAAACAGCAUUUCAGUAGAGCCCAUCAAGAAAGACAAACAUGGGUAGACUGAGGCCGCUGCCUCUUCAUAGAAUAGAAAUAAAUAAAUAAAGACCUGUGUUGGCUGAGUUGUUGCCAGCUGCUAACUUUCCAUAGCCGUUUGUUGUAUAUCUAGGUAAUAAUUUCACAUGUGAUACAUGAAAGUUUAAUAUAGACUCUUAUUUAGCUUCUAUUUAGUCGAGCUCUUGAGGUUAGCCCUUAAGCCAUUUAGCUGCUAGCUGAUUUAACUGUGGGCUUCAAGAGUUAACGGCCCCUAGUUGCUAAUGUUCUCCAGCAUUUAACUCCUGCAAAGCAUUUCAGGCACGAUUUGAACAAAGUGAAGCAUGAAAAAGUUUCUUGUGUAGAGCUUCUGUAGAAAAUACAGAUCUUCUAAGUUUUUAACAUUUAGCAGCUAACAAAGCUAAUUGAUGCUAACUUUUCUUAGCCAGCUGCUGUGAUCUCAUGAUUCCACACAGGAAGUGGAUUUAUGGUUGUUUUCUAACACUAAUCAUUCACAGGGGUCCUAUAAAAGAACAACAGCUAACAGGAGAUUUAUUUUUUGUUUUUUUGUUUUUUAGAGAAGACUAUUGUUCCUAUACGUUUGUGACUAAAACAUAAUAAUCCUGAACAUAUAUUUAGUAAAUUGCAGAGGGAUUAGUGCUGAGGUUAUUUCUGCUGGACCAGAAAAAUGUGCUGCUGCUCCGCCUGCUUCUUGUCUUCACACUGUUUGCUGCUCCGUGUUCAUUCAAAAGGACAAACUUCAGUUAGAACCUGGUGCAGAUUGUUGUUUCUUUCCUCCAGUGGGUGAAAUAAAACUCUUUAUGUAUUAGAUUUGAAUGUUUGGCCCAGACUCUUCCUGGUCUCUGGGCACACAGAGCUUUCUGUGGUUCUGUUGGACUGGUGCUGCUGGGCUGGGACCAGUCCCACGGCUGCUCCAGAACAAAGCCCGGCUUGUUCCAGAACCAACAAUAGACAGCCAAACCUCACAGGACGUGUUUGUCUGUGGAUGCUGAUGUGAUUUCUGGAAGUCUUCUGCAUGCAGGCCAUGCAUCUCUUCCUGAUAUUAAGAGACAUAACUGUGUUUUAUGUCUCUUUCUGCUCUGGUAAUGAAAACACUGAUAACUAAAUAAGUUAAUAUUCACCCACUGACUGUUUGUCUCAGAUAGAGGUUCAGGUUCUGUGCAGAAUCAGUUUUCUGAGCGGUGAAACCUUUAAAGUCUUGUUUUGUCUGCAGACCAGCAGGCUGGUCCGCACAUCACUGCGUGUUAAAACUUUAUGACCACUGAGUUAAUUACAGAGCAACUGUUUAACGUAAAGAUGUCUGCUACUGUAUUUCACUCCAGAGAAAACGUCCAACUAAUGUGUGUUACCUGUAAAAUGAUUGUUUGGUUUUUACACAUCAUAGUGUUUUAUUUUGCUUCCGUGGGUGAAAAGGGUUUUAAUAUUUCCUGAUGAUUCAAAUGAAAUUGAUGAAUGGGAUUAUAUUUUAUAUUUUAAUGAAUUUUAAUAAGCAGGGUGUGUUUGGGAAAGGGAAUGUACUGAAUCAAGUAGGUUCAGCCAUGUUUUACAAAUGAUUUACUUCAAAUCAAGCUUGUGUCACAUAGAUCUGCAGUCGAUAUAGGAUAUAAAUGUGAAAAGGUUAUUUGGGGUACAUUUAUGGUCCUUUUUUGUUAUUAUUGGUAAUGUUCAAACAAAUUUUAACCAUUUACACUCCUUGUUUUAAAAUGAUUGUGACUGUAAGAGUUUAUCUGUUUCAAAUGUUGUACGUAUGUUCUAAAUAAAAGGGAAAAGAUUUUAAUUGA